AUGAACACGGUGGACAAAACUGAAUGUAUUGGGUUGGAGUUAAACUUGGGCGGAGAAAAAAUACUUGUUUUGUGCAUUUACAACCCACCGGAUAAUGAUUGUUCUCAAUUUCUCUCUGAUAAGUUGGAAGAAUAUGCCAUCCGUUACAGCUGUAUUAUAUUAGUCGGAGAUUUUAAUACAGAUCUCUCAAGGCCAAGUAGGAAACGCUCGAACCUGGAGGAUGUUUUCACAAAUUUUUCACUUUCUUCCGUCGGUGUUGAGCCUACGUUUUUCCAUGCAGAUGGGUGCUCUCAGUUGGAUCUUUUUGUAACUAGCAGUAAUAGAAAUGUGCUCCGUUUCAACCAGGUGAGCUUCCCAACAUUAUCUCACCACGAUCUUAUCUAUGGUUCAUUGGAUAUUGAUACGACGAUCACACCUAAAGUGGAAAUGUUCCGUGACUACAUGCGCUUAGACUUCAGAGCUUUAGAAAAUAACAUCUUCUGUGUCCCUUGGAAUGAGUUUUACGAAAUGGAUGAUCCAAACCAAUUAAUAACAUUUUUCAACAAUCACUUGCAGUUGAUUCACGACAGAUGCAUUCCAUUGCGCAAACGUAAACGCCGAAAGGUAUGCAAUCCAUGGUUUAAUGACGAAAUCGCCAAAGCAAUGUUGGAACGCGAUUUGAGUUAUAGAGACUGGCGUUUUGCUCCUACAGCAAACAAAGCGUUGGCUCGAAGUCGUUUCCAACAACUCAGAAACAAAGUUAAUUCUUUGGUAUUUAUAGCAAAACGACAGUUUUUCGCAAAUUUCUUGGACAGUCGUUUGCCUUCUUCGAUUUUAUGGAAGCGACUCAAAACCGUUGGCGUAGGCAAGGAGAGAUCCACCCAAAUCUGCGAUUUGGAUCCCGAUGAAGUAAAUCGAACUUUUCUGUCCAAUUACGUACAAAACGAAACAGACAUCCACGAAAGAAGGGCAUCCCGAGUUUCAUCAAACAAUUUCUCCUUUCGAUCUGUUCAAUGGUGGGAGGUCGUCAAUGCCAUAAGAGAUGUCAAAUCCAACGCAACGGGUCUUGAUGGUCUACCGAUUAAGUUUAUAAAAAUCAUACUUCCAUUUGUAGUAGGACAAAUCACUCAUUUAUUUAACCAGAUCAUCGAAACGUCAGUUUUUCCUACAACUUGGAAGCACGCCAAAAUUAUACCACUGCGGAAAAAACCACAUUUGAGCUCGAUAAGCAAUCUUCGGCCAAUAAGUAUCCUAUGCGCCAUUUCUAAAGCAUUCGAAAAACUAUUAAAGCAACAGAUGUCAAGUUUUAUCGCGGAAAAUGAACUCCUCAGCGCACACCAAGCUGGUUUCCGUAAGGGCCACAGCAUCAAAACUGCCGCACUUCACGUAUAUGAUGAGCUAGCUCGCGUGAUGGACAAGAAAGGCACAGCCAUUUUGGUGCUACUUGAUUUUUCUAAGGCAUUUGACACUAUUCCACAUGACAAACUCUGUCACAAGCUAAGCACGCAGUUCAAUUUUUCUGAUUCCGCUGUAACUCUCAUUGAAUCCUACUUGGUAGGAAGAUCUCAAACGGUUUUCUGUGGGGAACAGCAGUCAGGACGUGGCGCGGUACCCUCUGGAGUGCCUCAAGGCUCCGUUAUUGGCCCACUUCUUUUUUGCUGUCAUGUGAACGACCUGCCUGGUGUUCUUAAGUAUUGUUCAAUCCAACUCUACGCCGACGAUGUUCAACUGCAUAUUGGCCGUUUAGGUCCUUGUGGACGUGAGAUUAUCACCAUGGUCAACGAAGAUCUCAAAAGUAUCGAGGAAUGGUCCCAGCAGAACCAACUUCUUGUCAAUCCAACAAAAAGUAAAGCACUUUUUCUCAACGGAAGACGACGGAACGUGACCCCACUGGAAGCCAUCACUUUGGGUGAUCAGGUUAUAAACUGGACGGAAAGUGCACAGAAUCUUGGUUUCGUGUUCCAAACCGAUCUUCAGUGGGACAAGUUAAUCAACCAACAAUGCGGAUUCGUAGGAGAAAUGCCAGUUGUGGGUGGGGUGGUUGGAGGAUUACCAGAGUUGGUCGGAGAAUUGCCAGUCGUGGGUGGAGUUGUGGGAGGAGGCUCAGGCGUGGGUGGAGUUGUUGGAGGAACUGUCGAAGGAUUGCCUGUCGGAGGAUUGCCUGUCGGAGGAUUGCCUGUCGGAGGAUUGCCUGUCGGAGGAUUGCCUGUCGGAGGAUUGCCUGUCGGAGGAUUGCCUGUCGGAGGAUUGCCUGUCGGAGGAUUGCCUGUCGGAGGAUUGCCUAUCGGAGGAUUGCCUGUCGUGGGUGGAGUUGUUGGAGGAAGCACAGGUGGGGGUGGAGCUGUUGGAGGAGGCACAGGUGUGGUUGGAACUGUUGGAGGAUUGCCGGUAGUGGGUGAAGUUGCUGGAUAA